AUGAAUAAUUCAACUACAAUUUGUCAUUUUACAAAUCCUUAUCAAUCUGGUAUAGCUGGUAUACUUAUCACACAUGUAAGUAUUUCAUUAGCUAUAUUAGGCAUUCCAGCUAAUCUACUUACAUUGAUUGUAUUAAAACGUGAUUCAACAACAACAACAACAACAACAAGUGGAACAUUCAUAUCUACAUCAACACCAGCAACACCACCAACAACAACAGUAAUGAUAUCAAAUACAAUAAGUAAUCGUAAUUCAAUUAAUUUUAUAUUAGCUACAUUAGCUACAGAAGAUAUAUUAAUUAUAUUAUUAUAUAGUUUAUAUUAUGUAGCAAUACAUUAUUAUGAAAAAUAUACAGAACAAUUAAUUUAUUUAAAUUUAAUUAAAUAUGCUGAUAGUCCAAUUUAUUUUUUAUUAAGUUGGAUAAAAGUAUCAGAAAUUUAUACAAUAUUAUUAUUAAGUUUACAACGUUAUUUAGCCAUACGUUGGCCAUUACAUUCAACCUAUUUAUGUUCAUUAGGUAGAACUAAACGUAUAUUAUAUAGUAUAUUUAUAUUAUCAUUUAUAUUAAAAUUACCAAAUUUAAUAUUAGGUUAUCGUAUAUUAAUAAUCAAUAAACAAUAUAAUCAAUUAAUUAAUAAUUAUUGUAUAGAAUAUAAAUUAGAAGAGAUAUUUAUUAAACAAACAUGGUAUAGAACAUUUAAAAUUAUUUAUGUACAAGUAUUAGAUCAAGUCAUUACAUUUAUUAUACCAUUAAAUAUAUUAAUUAUAUUAAAUAUUGGUUUAAUAUUACGUGUAAGACAAGCAACAAUACAACGUUUACGUGAAGAUAGUACAGGUUUAUUAUUUAAUAAAUCAACAAAUAAACAUUGUAAUUCUUUCUGUAAUAGUAAUAAUAAUAAUAAUAUGAAGUCCAAUAAACGAGAAAUGAUGACAUCACGAAGUUCAUCAACAUUAUCAUCAACACCAUAUCUUCAGCAUAAUCAUCAUCAGACACAACAUCAUGCACAUAAUCGAAGUGUAACAUUAACAUUGAUUGGUGUAAUUUCAAUAUUUAUUUUAUGUGAAACACCGACAACAAUAUGUUUUUGUUAUGAAUUUUGGGAGUUAUUAACUGAAAUUACACAAUCGGAUCAAUUGUCAAAUGAAAAUACUAAUAUAACAACAACACUGACGACAUCAUCAACAACAACCACAGAAUCGUCACUGUCUACUGAACCAGAUUUUUAUUAUUAUGCUUAUCCAGCUGCAUUAUUAUGUAUUUUAAUUGGAUGUACCAGUAAUUUUUUUAUUUACAUGUUAAUUGGAUUAAAAUUUCGUCGUAUGUGUAUUAUGUAUUUACAUGAAUUAUACCAGAAGAUAAAACGAUGCUUUCAAUUAGGCUGUUUUUAUUGUAAAUUAAAUCACGUCAAAAGUAUCAUUACUAACACAACUCCUACACCUACAAUUGAUACUACUACUACUACUAAUAAUGUUAGCAGCCAUCAUGAUCAGCAAAAUGAGAUGAUUUAUUCACAGAAUAAACACUGUUCAUAUAAUAAUAAAGCGUCAUUAUUAUCCACUAGUACAACAUUACCGUCAUCGUCAACAUCAACUACAAGAAUCACACUAUUACCGUUAUCAUGGAAAAAACAUAAAAAAACAAUUUAUUGUAAACAUAAAAUGGAAAACCUUCAUAAGCUAAAACAACAGAAUAACAGUAAACAUCAUCAACGACAUAACUGUUACCCUCACUAUCACUAUAAUCACCACUACCAACAACGACAACCACAAGAAAAUCCUCAGUCAUGUGACAACCAACCAAUACAACAAAAUGCAAUGGAAGAAUCUAAAUAA